GUGAAGAACAUUAUAUAUAGUGUUUACCUAUUUUUCAAUAUAGAAGAAAAUGCCAAUUGACUUGUAUCAAAUACCUGUAAGCGCGCCCUGCAGGGCUGUUUUGAUGACUGCUAAAGAAAUAGGAUUAGAAGUAAAUUUAAAAUUCGUGAAUUUAUUUAAUGGAGAACAAUACAAAGACGAAUUUCUUAAGAUUAAUCCUCAACACUGUAUUCCUACAAUUGACGAUGAUGGAUAUUACUUAUGGGAAAGCCGCGCUAUAAUGACGUAUUUAGCCAAUAAAUACGCUCCAAAUCAUCAAAUUUAUCCAAAAGAUGCGAAGAAGAGAGCCAUGAUCGAUUACUUCUUAUAUUUUGAUAUCGGUUCUCUUUACAAAAACGUAGCGGAUUUAGUGUACGGUCCAGCAUUUAGAGGUGAGAAUGUAGACCAAGAUAAAGUAAAAAACUUAAAAGAAUGCCUUUCUCAUGUAGAAAAAUUUUUAUCUACAAGUCCAUAUUUAGUUGGAGAAACGUUAACUCUUGCAGAUCUUUCCAUUCUUGCUACACUAACUUUUGCAAAGUUGAUAGAUUUCGAUUAUAGCGAAUACUCCUCGAUUCAAAGAUGGAUGACGAAACUGGAAAAGGAAUUACCAUAUUAUGACGAAGUGAAUGGCCAACCUUUAAAAGAAUUCAAGAAAGAAAUGGAAGAAAUGAAGUCUAAGAAAUAAAUAAACAAAUUGUGUGCGCCACGAAUUGCUUUCAAUUGUGUAAUUCUGUUGAUGCUAAGCACCCACUCUUCUUGGACAAGAAUGCUUAAGUCUUGCCCAUGGUUCAUUUCGUUGUAAAAGUAAAAUGUCCGGAUUCCAAAUCUGAAAUUAUGCAUUUAAUUGUGUUAUUUUCAGUUGAAUUUGCUUAAGUAUGAAACUUAUUUCUGAUGUUACUAUAAGCGGAUGAUGAAGAAAUAGAAUAUUUGUAUUGAAUUAAUCUACUCGAUGGGUGGAAAGUAUCUAGGCAUUUAGGAUUCGCUAUAAUUUAUGUAAUAAUAAGGCAAUCUUAAUAAAAUUUAUAUAUUGUUUAUGCGUCUGUGUACAUCAAUCAACGGAAUUUAUAAUUCCUGCAUCGGUGGCAUAGAAAGUGAUGAGAUGGGAUGCACGAGCAGUGGCAAAAAACAGGUCGCCCGCUUAUCUGUUCACGAGCAAGCGCAGAAUGCUACACUCUAUGAAAUGUUAAAAUGAAUGGUUGCUUUACAGAAAUGGUAGCGUACGGUAAAGGGAUUUUAUGCCACAAUCCGUCCAGAAACGAUCAA